AGGAAAAUGACAGAAUAUGGAAUAUUCAAGUAAGCAGCGGCCACAUUUCGAGUAAAUUUCAAUAUUUAUGCACAUUUGUGGAAAAUGGUCACACAGUCCACCGUAAUCGAUGAAAAUCAGAUGGUAGCAAACAAUCUUGGAAUCACGAAAGUGUUUCCAUGUUGAUGGAAACAGUCAUUUUCAUAUGCAAAGCCACCGGUUGCCAACCAGCGAUUAGCGCCCCGGUUUGUAUGGAAUAUCUUUCUGAGGAUCUCCGUCAUAUCAACUUAGUUAAGGAUCACGUUCAUGAAUCAUGGAAUUCGAAUGUGAACAAGGUGACUGUCAUCUUCUCAAACAUUCCAAACGAACAGUUCGUUCCGUGUACAACAACAAAGUUUUGUCUGAUAUUCGCAUGAAAGCUGGAAUGACGGAAGUCUAUCUCACUCUAGCAGAAAACCGACUCCUUUAUAAAGUUGUUGUAAAAACCCGAUAAUGUUUGUUACAAAACCUGUCUGUCUGUAUCCAUUCUCGCCUGUAUUUAUUGAACUGUCUUUCUGAUAACUGAUUACAUUCCCACUUUCAUAGUGGAUAGAGUGUCGUGUUAACGAUUCUGGAUCUCUCUUUCGAUUGUUACAUGAAUAUGGAAAUGUUCGAAUGAUUUUAGCUUUGUUCAAGUUUCCGUAUGUCACAGUUAUUGCCUCUUUGUUGAGAUAAAUUCGAAAAGAAUGC